AUCACUUUUCCUCUUACUUUUUGUCCCUAGAAAAUCAUAUUGAAACAUGGCCAAAACAAUGCGAUUUAUAAGUGGCAUUGUCUUCUUAUUUCUCUCAAUUUCAUCGAUGACCAAUGCUCGACUUGCUGGUAACUAUGUCGGUGGACCGUGGCAAAAUGCUCAUGCUACGUUCUAUGGCGGCAGCGAUGCGUCCGGUACAAUGGGUGGUGCUUGUGGAUACGGUAACUUAUACAGCCAAGGAUACGGGGUUAACACAGCCGCAUUAAGCACUGCGUUAUUUAACAACGGGUUCACUUGUGGCGCAUGCUUUGAAAUCAAAUGUGUUAAUGAUCCAGAAUGGUGUCACGCCGGAAGUCCCUCUAUAUUCAUCACAGCCACCAAUUUUUGCCCUCCAAAUUUCGCCCAAUCAAACGACAAUGGUGGUUGGUGUAAUCCUCCUCGUCCUCAUUUCGAUCUUGCUAUGCCCAUGUUUCUUAAACUCGCCCAAUAUCGUGCUGGCAUUGUGCCCGUUUCUUACCGCCGAGUCCCUUGUAGAAAGUCAGGAGGAAUACGGUUCACAAUCAACGGUUUCCGUUACUUCAACUUGAUUUUGAUCACUAAUGUUGCCGGUGCCGGUGAUAUUCAAAAGGCAUGGAUAAAAGGCACAAAGACUAAUUGGAUGAGCAUGAGUCGUAAUUGGGGUCAAAACUGGCAAUCUAACGCUGUUCUUACCGGUCAAGCACUUUCAAUCAGGGUCACAGGUAGUGAUCGGCGAACAUCCACCUCAUGGAAUGUCAUACCCGCUAAUUGGCAGUUCGGGCAAACUUUCACAGGGAAAAACUUUCGUGUUUGAGAAACCGUCACUUUAGUUUCUAUUUCAACUAUGUUUUUACCGGGCGACUGACUUUUCAAACCAUCGCAUUUGGUGUUUUUUAGUACAAAGAUAUCAUUAUAUU